GGAGAGGCGCGCGGGCUGCUUGGUGUCACGGUGACCGGCUGCGUUCGGUGGAAACGUGCGCGUUAACAGCGGCUUUUGAAAACGCGCUUCAUUUGCGUCACGGCCCCGGCUGUUCGUUUGCUCUCUCGCAACUGGCCUCACACUGAUAACAGGCGACUGGGCCGGGAAACACGUGAUGUGGAGCGACGGCGACAAAACACCAUCGUGGGAUAACUUUGUUUGGCUGGCCGACUAAUUGGCCCCUGUUAGAAAACCACUGUAACGCAGCAGUGCAGUAGAAAAACAUAGUUAAAAAAACAUAGUUAACGAUCCUUAACAUUUCAGAAUUGAUUUUUUUUUAAAACAUAUUUCACUGCCACAUAUUUAUAUACAACGUUCACUUCCCAUGACCUUUGUAUCAUUUAUACACCGAUGCAAACAUCAUCCAUAGUCAGUGUCUGGUCAGACGCGUGAUUUCUGAAAACAUUUUACAGUAGUUGCCAUGGUUACUGCGAUCGGAAGGGCCGGUCACUUUCAAAAAGGACCUUUUAACCGCAGCCGUAGCGCGGAAAACCUACAUCCCACAUCUCCACAAACGCGCCUCUGCUUUGUGAUAAGAGUCCGCUUGGCUGAACGCGACCACUGAGCCACAUGGCCGCUAACUUACUGUAACCUGGCCGUGGAGAUGAAGGGGAUUUGGGUCAUUUCUUUGUUUAUUUAUUUUAUCUUUAUCGCUGACUCUCGGGUCAUUUUCACCUUUCCUUUGUGUUUUUCUUUCCACCAUCAUCAAUCACGGCCCAAUCAUCUCCCGGUGUUAGCUGAAUACAGCGACAGCCUGUCAUCAAAGGCGGCGGGGUCGCCCUUAUCACCCGCCGUCCCGCAGGUGUAGAGCUCAGUCCCCUCUCACUAAAAUGACAGCGCGAGCUCUGCGCCUCUGGCUCGUCCUCGCUCUCCAGCUGAGACGCGUCAGCCUGCUCGCCCUGCCGCGGGACGGAGCCGGCGCGGUGCGGGCGGCCAGCGACGAGCCGGACGCCUCUCGGAUGUUCCACCCGAGGGAUCCAGCCCGAGGUCCCGCGGCGGGGCCUCACAAGAAGGCGCCCCAGUUCAUGCUGGAUCUCUUUGACGCGGUGUCAGUGUCGGACGGGAGCCCAAAAAGCCAGAAGGAGAUUCUGGAGGGAAACAUCGUGCGGAGCUUCGAGGAUAAAGGUCAUGCUGGAGAGAGGUUUCGCUUCUUUAACCUGUCGUCUUUCGGCAGAGAGGAGAGAAUGAUCAAGGCGGAGUUCCGCUGGUUCAGAAAGAAACAGAAGUUUUACCUCGGAAAGUCUUACGGGCCUCAUUUCUAUAAGGUGGAUCUGUAUGAGGUGCUGGACAGCCGAGUGAAGCCUUGGAGGGGAAACCUCAUCACGUCCAGGCUGGUGCCUCUCUACACACAGGGAUGGGAAGUCUUCAACGUAACUCAAACGGUAUCUAAGUGGAUCCGUAACAGCCAGGAGAAUAACGGCAUUCUGGUGGUGACCACACUUCCUUCCGGUAACUGGAUGGAGUCAGCGGCGCCCUCACCUCGGCAGAACGGCGACCCGACAGACCCAAACUCCUACCUGGUCAUAUUCUCAGAUGACGGGAGGACAGGAGCGUCAAACCAGUCAUACCUGGCUCAACCUGCAGCAGCACCUGAGCGCCACAACCACCGCAGCAGGAGGCGACGAGCAUCUCCAGGUCUCUCACCCCACAGCCCCUCCCAGUCCUGCCAGCGGGUCCCCCUCUUUGUUGAUUUUGAGGACAUUGGCUGGUCGGGCUGGAUUAUCUCUCCCCGGGGAUACAACGCCUACCACUGCAAAGGCUCCUGUCCGUUCCCACUGGGGGGAAGCCUCAGAGCAACAAAUCACGCCACGGUGCGCUCCAUCAUGCACGCACUCAAGCUCUCUAGCGAUGAAGUGGGAGCGCCCUGCUGUGUGCCUGACAGACUCCAGUCCAUCAGCCUGUUAUAUUUUGACGAUGAGGAGAACGUGGUUUUGAAGCAGUAUGACGACAUGGUGGCAUUAAGCUGCGGCUGUCACUGACUGGUUUUGCACUCUUUAACACUGGGACAAUGAGGGAAGGGGAGAUAAUGGUUUGC